AUGCUACCCACAGAAGAACUGAAUGGAGAAAAUCAAAUAUCUUAUGAAGCAUCUGAUCAACACCCAAAAAGAAGCAGGCCUACAAAACUUUUUCUGCCACCUGAAGUUAUUGCUGAAAUCAUCUCAAGGCUUCCAGUGAAAUCUCUUUUGAAAUUUAGGUCAGUUUCAAAAUCUUGGCUUGCUUUGAUCUCUAGCCCAGAGUUUGUCAAGUCUCAUAUGAGUUUAUCAUUUAAUAAAAACAUCAACGAUAGGGUUAUGGAGGAGUCUAACUUGGAUUAUCUCAUGAAAAAUUCGGGCAUGUCUUUUUUGAUUGAGGGUUCAGUCAAUGGAUUGCUUUGUCUUGUUAAUGAGGUAGACAAAAUAUUUCUAUGGAACCCAGCAAUAAGAAAGUACAAGAAAUUACGUAAUUUUAGAUAUCAAUUUAGGAAUGCUAGUCAUUUCAUAUAUGAUUUUGGAUAUUAUAAGAUUCAUAAUGAUUAUAAGGUAGUGCGAACUUUUACUAUUUUUGGACGUCAAGGUAACUUUCAACAAGUCAACAUGUACAGUUUAAAGAAUGAUUCUUGGCAGAUAAUUGAGAGUCCUUGGAAUUGCAAUAUGGGGCAAUUAAUUAGUUCGAGUAAAUUUGUGAACGGGAAGCUUCACUGGGCAACUAUUGUUGGAUCUGGUUUGGAAAGAGUAUGGGGCAUAACAUAUUUUGAUUUGGCUGAUGAGAAAUGGAGAAAGGUGGAGAGACCCUGUGGAGAUGGAUUUCUCGUGCUGGGAGUAUUAGGAACUAAUUUAUCUAUGAUUUGUAAUAAUCCAACAAAUCACAUGGAUGUGUGGAGUAUGAAGGAGUACGAGGAUAAACAAUCUUGGAUGAAGAUGUUUACUAUCAAUUAUAGCAUCCUACAUCCUAUGGAAUGCUUACUUUAUCAAUCCUUUUAUAUGUCAAAAAAAGGUGAAUUCUUAUUGAUGUUUAAAACAGCUUACAUGAUAUACCAUCUAAAGGAUAACUCAAUUAGAUAUUCACAACUUCGUAAAUUAAAUUAUGGUGUUUUGGCUGACUUCUACAUUCAAAGCUUAGUUUGUCCCCUUUCACAAAAUGAACCAAGGACAUAA